AUGAAAAAUCUAUCGUUUGUCUUAAUUCUAGCGUUCUUCAUUCCCAGUCAAGCAGGAAAAUCAUGCGAACCGCUACCGGACACUCCUACUGCACGACUGAUGUACUACGGCAAGAACAGCAUUUACGUUCUACCUCAAGAACCAUUGAGCGAAGGAACCGUGGCUAAACUGAAUUGCAACUUCGAUACGGUAGCGGAGGGAGAAACUUCAACGACAUGUGUAGAUGGACGACGCAAUCCUACAUCAUCUUUAGUUCAUGGUUCGCGGACACCGCUUUGGAUAACCUCUGAGCAACCUGACAACGAAAUUUGCUUGCCCAUGCGUUCAGCACUCAUUGAACGCGGAUGUACAAGAACCACUGACACCACUGGUGGACGACCAUUUGGAGACUUCUGGGAGUAA